AUAAUGUCAUAAAGAUAAAUUCUUAGCAUAAAUAGUUAUAAACCUGAUAGAUUAUCAUAACCAAGUAAACCAUAACCCAAAAACUAGCCAAAUAAUGAAAUAGAGACACGCAAAGAGAUAACAAUCCAAAACAUCCAACAUAAAAUUUAAAACGAGAACAAAUAUUUAAUAGAAUAAUUCCAAAAUGAAUUAAAAGACCCCAUAACAAGUCAAUUUAAGUCAAUAUUUGAAAUCUAAAAUUACUAAGAUAAUUCCAAAUACCUAGGAAAUGUUAAAAAUUAUCUAAGAAGUGGAAUCGGUAUAUAUUAUUAUACAAACGGUGACAUAUAUUUUGGAGAGUGGGAUAAUGAUUUAUUCCAUGGAAGCGGUUGUUAUAUUUUUUAUUCAGGAGAAAGAUACCAAGGGUAAUUUUCUAAAGGUAAAAAGGAAGGAGAAGGUACAUACGUUUAUUUUAAUGGAAAUACAUAUCAAGGUUAAUGGCAAAACGAUCUAAAGCAUGGAAAAGGAACAUAUAAUUGUCUAUCUUCAGGUGAAAAAUACGAAGGAGAAUGGUAAAACGGGGAAAAGGAAGGAUACGGUGUUUAUUAUUAUUCCUAUGGGGAUAAAUACGAAGGUUAAUGGUCUUAAGGAUUAAAAAAUAAAAAUGGAAUUAUUUACUAUUCUUCCGGAGGUGAAUACGAUGGAUAAUGGAAAAACGAUAAAGUCCAUGGGAAAGGAAUUAUGAUUUGUCAAAAUAAAGAUCAGUAUUAAGGAGAUUUUAAAGAUGGCCAAAAGUCUGGUUUUGGUGUUUAUAUACAUGUAGAUGGAUCUAAGCAUUAAGGCUUAUGGAAUAAUGAUGAAAAAAAUGGAUUUGGUACUAUGUAGUAUUCUAACGGAGAUCUUUAUGAAGGAAAUUUUGUUAACGGAUAAAGAGAUGGACAGGGAACCUAUUAAUAUGCUAAUGGAGAUAUUUAUUAAGGUUUCAUUCUUUUUUUUGUUUUCUUUUUUUAUUUAUUAUUAUUAGGUUAAUGGAAAAAUGAUGUAAAAGAAGGAUUCGGAACCCUUGAAAUGAAAACUUAAGAUAGAUAUGAUGGAGAAUGGUUUUAAGGUAAAAAAAAUGGGCAUGGAAGAUAUACAUUUUCUACUGGUGAUACAUACGAUGGAUAUUUUAUUAGUGGACUUAGAUAAGGACAUGGGAUUUAUACUUGGGUUGAUAAGUCUUAUUAUAAAGGAGAAUGGGAAUAAGUAUAAUAUUUAUUUAAUUUCAAUAUAUUUAUUUAUAUUAAUUAUUAAAAGGAUAGAAUAAAUGGUAUAGGAGUAUAUGUAACUCCAGAUAAUAGAAAAAUUAAAGGUUACUUUUAAAAUGAUCACUUUGUUUAAGAGAUAUGA